AUGGCGACUCCAGUCCGCCUUCUCGUCUGCUCAAUUGGCAAUCCAGGGCCGUAUCUAAAUACCCUCCACUCAGCAGGCCACACCGUCCUCUCCGCCCUCGCAAAUACGCUCUCCUACCCUUCAUUCCAGAAAUCCCGAGCUUACGGCAAUGGCCUCGUAUCCACAGGCUCCGAAUUUACGCUCUGGCAGUCUGGCUCUUUGAUGAACGUCUCAGGCGUGGGUCUUACUGCUGCGUGGCGACAAUUCCAGAAAGAAGGGAGGGGAGAGGAUGCAAGGUUGGUGGUUGUGCAUGAUGAGCUUGAGUUGGCGCCGGGACAGUUGAAGGUUAAGAGUGGGAGUGCGAGCGCGAAGGGACAUAAUGGAUUGAAGAGUAUUAAUGCGCUUUUGAGGGGGACGGAGUACACCAGGAUUGGGGUCGGGAUUGGGAGGCCAGAGAGUAGGGAGCCGGAUGUGGUGGCGGGAUAUGUGUUGAGGAAGAUGAGUGCGCAGGAGAGGAUUAAGGUUGAGGGGUGCGUGGGGAAAGUAGAGAUGGAGUUGAGGAGGAUGAUAGAGGGUUAA